AUGGCUUUGCUUGAUGAAGAAACCAAGGCCACCACUGUGUGUGAUGUUGCUGGGGUUUUGGGACUUCUUCAAGAGCAAAAGCUUAUGACUAUUAUACGAAUGCUGGUGUAUGGUUCAUUUGCUGAUCAAGUAGAUGAGAAUGCCCGGAUGGGGAAGUCUACUACUUUGGAGAGCUUGGUAAGAUCUUGUGAUGCAGUCGAAACUCUGAAAGGGCUCAAAAGUAUCAUCCUUGAAGUCGUUGCUGGAUUCGAUACAUGGAUUUGGCAUGCCUUCUUCAGAGUUGCCGGAUCUCAAAACGACUUGAACGUCCUGGGUCAAUCCUUGGUGUUCAACCAUGUUUUGAGAGGUGAAGCCCCGAAUAUCACCUAUGAAAUCAACAAUACCGUCUACCAGAAUUGGUAUUAUCUAGCUGACGGCAUCUACCCGAGGUGGACCACAUUUGUGAAAUCAGUUCUGCAUUCCCGAUCUGAGAAGCAAAAAUUAUUUACUGCCUAUCAAGAGGGUUACAUAAAAGAUGUGGAGACGUGCUUUGGUAUCCGCCAAGCCCGGUAG